AUGUCGGCCGCCGCGCGCAGACGCCAGGCAGCCGGGGCGCUGCGAGAAGCCCCCGCUGGCGGAGAUGAGGAGCCGGGCAUGGCGGCCCCGAGCCUCAGCGUCUGCCUCAAGCUGCUGGCGGCGGCGCUCUACGGGUUCAGCUCCUUCCUCAUCGUGGUGGUGAACAAGAGCGUCCUCACCAGCUACGGAUUUCCCUCCUCACUAUGUGUUGGACUAGGCCAGAUGCUGGCCACGGUGACUGUGCUUUGGGUGGGAAAGGCGCUCAGGGUGGUGAAGUUUCCAGACUUUGACAGAAAUAUACCUCGAAAGACAUUUCCACUACCUCUUCUAUAUUUUGGGAACCAAAUCACAGGACUCUUCAGCACAAAGAAACUGAACUUGCCAAUGUUCACGGUUCUGAGAAGGUUUUCUAUUCUGUUUACAAUGUUUGCUGAAGGAAUUUUACUCAAGAAGAAAUUUUCUUGGGGCAUUCAGAUGACAGUGUUUGCAAUGAUAAUUGGUGCAUUUGUAGCUGCUAGUGCUGACUUGGCAUUUGAUCUAGAAGGAUAUAUUUUUAUCCUGAUUAAUGAUGUCUUGACAGCUGCAAAUGGUGCAUAUGUAAAACAGAAACUGGAUUCAAAGGAGCUGGGAAAGUAUGGUCUGCUUUAUUACAAUGCACUGUUUAUGAUUCUUCCCACCUUGGCCAUAGCCUAUUUCACAGGAGAUGCGCAAAAGGCAAUGGAAUAUAAAGGCUGGGCAGAUACACUCUUCGUUAUACAGUUUACACUCUCAUGUGUAAUGGGGUUUAUUUUGAUGUACUCCACAGUUCUUUGCACUCAGUAUAAUUCUGCUCUUACAACUACAAUAGUUGGCUGUAUUAAGAAUAUAUUAAUAACAUAUAUCGGAAUGUUUUUUGGGGGAGACUAUAUUUUCACAUGGACAAACUUCAUUGGGUUAAAUAUCAGUAUUGCUGGAAGCCUGGUGUAUUCUUACAUCACUUUUACAGAAGAGCAAUUGAACAAGCAGUCUGAAGCUACUAUCAAGAUGGAUAUUAAAGGAAAAAGCUCAGUAUGACCAGGGGAUUACUUAUAAGAAGUAACUCCUUCUUUGUUGUUGUUUUUUCCAACGAUCACUGGUGGUAUACAGUAAAAAUAUUACAAUGUGGGUGUCUGUUACGGAAUAAUGCUGGUACUCUGCAUUUGCACAAUCUAAAUAUGCUGCCUUUUAAAAAUUUCUAUUAAAAAGAGAUUUAUAAUUGACUGCACAUUAAAUAUACAGCUGGUUAAUUUAAUCUGGACUAUGAGGAAUACAUCUUUUGUAAUUUAUUAUGAUCCAGUCUGGUGGUAGAACCGUGCACAGAUGAUGUAAACGCUUUGAUUUUACAGGAGUACCAUUAAUAUUCUUAGAUACAAUUUUGUUUUCUUGCAAGAAAACUUGUCCUAACCUAUCAUUUACAGUUUAGCUUGCAUCUGGGUUGUCUUGCAGCUAAGCAUAUCAAUGGGCAAUAAUAAAUAUUUUUAAUUAGCUUUUAGGGUGAAUGAUUGACUCAGCUCCAUCCCCCCCUUCAUGCUGUCUAAAAGGGCCAGGGUGAUGUCAAGGGUCUCAAAAAGCCCUGCAUCCCUUUCAGGGCAGAAUUCCUCAGUUCAGGCACAUCAGGCUGCCUUCGGAGGAACCCCUCACAAACCCUGGUGUGGGGGCAUGCCAGUUAUGGGGAUGAGUGGGCUGGUACUGGGGGUAGAAGUGUUGCUGUAGCACGGAGCCUUGUGGAGAUUCUGGGCAGUGCUGCAGCCCAGAAGACCCCUGUGGGAAACUAUUGUAGCUUAGAUAAGCCCCCUGGGGGUGGAACAGGGAGGACUCUCCAGUCCCUGAAGCAGUUGGGCAAAAAGAUGAUUUAAAGCCAGCAUAGAUCCCUCUGUGCUGGGCUACAAGUUCUGUGCUGUGCCUCAUGGAGAGGCAACAUGGAAUCUCACCCCUUAUCUCAGAAAACGCAAGCUAACAGAUUAGUUUACUUUAUUUUCGAGAAGGAAGCUACUGAAGCAGGGUAACAUUUAUAGACUUUCACUAACUAUAAGCCAACUGUAGGCCCUGCAUAGAUCAUGAAAAGAAGAUACAUAUUUCUGGCAGUUUUGAUUUCUUGUCAAUAUUAAGCUUUCAGAGGAACAAGAAAAAGGGAAAGAGGAGUUUUUUCUCUAGAGCUAGAAUAUAUACAGAAAUGGAGGGAGACUGAAAUAUAACUCCUUUCUUUUAUUUACUAAGGAAAGGAAUGGCUCUGCAACGUUGCAUAUGCAAGUGCAGAUCUUUCAGCAGAAGUAUCAAUUCUGCAAUACACUCUUAUUUCAGUCAGUCAUCCGGUUUUACGUUUUUGGCCAAAACAUUGGCUUGAAUAGUCAGUGAUUUUAGUAGAGGUUUAAUUUUGUUCAUUAACUUUUAAGCCUGUGCUCAUCCUGCUCAGAUUCUGCAUGCAUCACAACAGCUUAGUACCUCUUCUUGUAAAGCUGGUAUAGGAUGGUGAAAUUCAAGAAUAGGUGGUGGGGUGAUGGUACACCACCUUCCAAUUUUACAUAAUAUAUUGGAGAACUCAGCAGGGAAGCACUGAAUUAAAAUAAGACCUAUCCUGCAGUCAUACAUGAGUAACUUUACUUACAUUAGUAAUCCCACUGGACAACUUAAUAAAUAAAGGUACUCACGUGCAUAAGUUUUUGCAGGGUAAGGUCUAGCACUCAUUCAAAAUCAAGUGAAAAUCUGUCUAAAAGAUUCUUUUAAAUGAAUUAAUGUUUUUGAUUCCCUUCCACUCCCAGUACCAAGUGUGCCCCAUUAUUCUGAAACAAUAGUAAAAGAAUAAAUUUGAAAUACGUUCUUUUUAGUUUAAUAAAUUAAGAGUUAAUCCAUAUAUAACAUUUUGUGCAGCUACACGUUGACAGGUCAUCUAGAAUGAAUAUUUGUUAUCUCAUAGUAGCGAAAUAUCUUUACUCUUCUAGAUGAUGUCAAGGUAAUUCAUUAAUUGGUACAUUUAAUUUGUACCAUUAUAUGAUUGAUACAGUUCUGAUGUUUUAACUCUGUCCAAAUUUUAUGCUCUAUUCAGUUUAUUUUUGGGUGCAGUAAAAUUUCUUUUACAUAGUGAGCUGUUUUUAAUGGAGAAAUAUUUUUAAAAUGUCAAGCCGUAUUGAUUUUUUUAAAAAAUUAAAAUUGAUUUGAUAGACAGAAAUGUCUUCCUCCUUUAGAAUCUUUCUUUGGUUAAAAUUGUACACUUAUCGUUUCCCCAUAAUUUAUUCCUACUCCUACCCUUCACUUACAAGCAGAGACUUUCGCAGGCAAUUAAUCUAAUUGCAUUUGAAAGGAUAUUUGGUGGAAAACUGAGUGACAUGGUGUUGAAAGAAACAUUGCAUUUAUCAGAAUAUUUUUUUUAUGUAAUUGAGAUGAGCAUUUCUGUAACGUUUUCUGUAGAAACGUUUAAUCAGCAUACUGUGUGUUACAGUAUGUGUCUACUGUGUUUCUUUGGCAGUUUGCAUUGUUAGCGUAGUCCUCCAUUUUAGAAUCCUUAAAGGUAGCCUGCUUAUCUAGUUCUUGUUUUAAUUGAGCUAAAUGGAAAAAUUGUGUAUGAUACCCAUAUACCGAAGGAAAAGGAUGGGGGGAGCAUUCAACACAAUAAGAUACAUUAUAAGAUACAUUAAAAAAAACUUACCUGAUGUGUUCCUGCUUUUACUAGCUUCCUAAAAUCAUGCAGCUAGUAGUUUGAAAACAAUCCCUUACUCUUGUAGGCCAGCUCCAGGUUAGCAAUGGCAGCACAGCAGAAAUUAGUUGAGGAAAGUAAACUUAAGAUUAUUUUUUGUGCUGAAUGUCUCUUACUGUGUCUUACAGAAUAUUUUAGCUCAUAUACAAAAUAAAGGCCUUGCAGGAAAUCUUCACACCCAAAAUAAUAAUAAUAGUAAUAGGCUAGGGAACCAAAUUUUCUGUUUAAUUUUAGCCUGUUGUGAUCCCCAUUCUUUUUAUAAAAUUUGGAUCUUUAUUUAAAUACUUUAGUCUCAACUUUACAUCUGAUAAAUAUGCCUGUUUUUAAAUGUCAAGGUCAGUAACUCUGUCAAAAGAGGGUUUUCAACUCAGCUCAUUCUGCUAUAAACUUCAAAAUGUGCUGCCAAAUUCUUUUUUUUUUUUUCUUAUGUCUCCUUGUCCUCGCACCCUCUGAUGCGGGAAUCUGGAACAGAUAGCAUCAUAAUGCCACCAACUGGAAGCAAGAAUGCAAAGAACUGCUAGAUCCUGCCCCUGGACAUAUAAGCUUCAGCACCGUCCCCUCAGUUUGCCUUUCCUCCUUUGGAAGCCUGGAGCCCUUGCCUCAGCUUUCCUGUCAUCUCUUUUCACUUUUUCUCUUUUGUGGGGACUUUAAAGAAAAAAUGGGACAGAAUUGAGGAGUGGGGAGAGAGAAGUAAGAAGCCAGUAGCAGUUUCUCAGAUGGAGAGUUGAAGGCAGAGCAAAUUGCUGUUUGGUUAAGCACCACCCUGCAAGGGGGUUUCAUCUGGGGCCAACUGUUCAAAUGGAUAAAACAUAAAUGCCACCACUCAGGGAUGGUAUGCCCAGUCUGCACCCCACCUCUAAAGUGGGAGUGGCAGCUCCCCUUCCCAGCCCUUGGCAGGCAUCCCUCUCUGAAGGGUCUUUGGCAACCUCCCUCCCAAAUGUAUUUCUAGUCCUGAAAACCCAGCCUUAGGAGAGAGGGACCAAGAUCUUGGCCGUGAUCUGCUCCUGGACUUAGAUUAAGCCUCCGAGCCCCUUGGUUGAUCUGAUGCAGAUACCAGUGUCCUCUGCAUUCUCUGUUUAGAGACCCCCAAAGAUACUGUUUUCAAGCAUACAUGGUUCUUCGCAGAAGAGGGGGUUAUCUUUUCCUUCCACUUGGCCAUCCUGGACCUUGCGUCCAAGGAAUGGAACUGGGUGGACCUAUGCAUCCAAGACUCUCACCCUAAGGCCAGAUGUUAUCUUGUUUCUCCUGAGGAACCAGACAAAGUAUUUGCUAUUUCUAGGGUGGAUGCAUAGGCCUUAUGUCUCACUUCUAAAUUGUUCUAAUGGAGUAUAUGUCCACCCUACAGACAAGACUGGGAGUCGACUUGGCCCUUAGUACAGCUUACAAGCUCGCAGUAGUGACUUUGAAUAUUGCAGCUCAUUUUGCUGUGGAGCCUAAGCUCUGUGGGUGGAUCUCAGAAGGAUUUCUCCUCUGCUUUUCCUGUGACACCAGAACUACGAGGCUUUCUCCACUGUCCCCUGUUCUAUAGAAGCUGCUUCCUUUUUGUGUAAAGCUGCCUGCAUGCGGAGUUUCCACUGUGGAUCAGAGACACAUUUGGCUUUGGGAGUGGAAUGCAGAUGAGGGAGUAAAGUCAAAGCUGGCCAGUCGCCCGUUUUAAAGGGCUUAAUCUCUUUGACUGUCUAGAUGCUGCUACCAAGAGUUAUGUAGAUUCUUCUAAGAACCACCCCCCAUCCUCGGGGAGUGUGCCCCCCUUUAUCCCUUGCUGAAAGCCCAUGCUCAGGUGUGGGCAGGGGUCCUCUUCGGUAUCCUAUGACAGGUCAGCCCUUGGUUCUGUGGGAUUCAGGUCUUUCGUGGGCCCAGGAGGCUGCUGUUUAAACACUUCUUUCCGCUGUUUCCCAAAGCAGCCCGGUUGCAUUCAGGCCAGGUCCAUCCCCAUAGCUCAUCAGCCCUGCCAUCGUUGGAAGUCGUUUUCUGAUAUUUGUGAAAAUGUGAGCCCGCCUCCACCUCAGAUGCCUGAUAACCUUACUCAAGCCCCUUCAGCCUCAUGUCUUCUAGAGUCUCAGGACCUCUUGCGGCCCACAUCACUGGGGAGAAAUCUAUCGUAAACCUAAAUGAUACAUCAUGGAAGUGAUUUUUUUUAAACCUGAAAAAAUAUUCCAAUAUUUCAAUUUCAUACUUUUUGUUCAGCUGAUGGAUUAGCUCAGAAAUUACUUGUUCUAAAACCCUUUAUAUCUAACAAGACCAUGGGAGAGAUCCAAACGCCUCUCUGGCCCUUUUAUGCUGAGUUAUAGGGCCAUAGCAAUGUAAAGGGGCCUUAAAAUCCCCAGUUCCAGUUGUUAGAGAAUUCCUCUAGGGCAGGCACUGAGGAAGAUAGCCAUAAGGCUGCUUUUUGGGGACCCUCUUGCAAGUCCUGGUAUAGGUGGUAUGCCUAUGGUACGUGUGGGGUGUGGAGGGAUGUGUCAGGCAGAGACGCCAGCAUCAUGGAGAUUGCAGCAGAUGCUGUGGUCCGCGGGGCAGCCCUUAGAGAUUACUGUAAUUUAGACAGGCUUCCAGGGGUGUCUAAACUACACCGGGGCCUCUCUAGUAUAAGGAGGGAGCAAAGGUGGUUGAAAGCCACCAUAGUGCCCCUUCUCCCUGGGCUGAGAAUUCUGUGCUGCUGCUCUUAGAGGAUUUUUAGCCAAGACUACUACUUCUCAUCAGUAGCUUAAAAACUGGAAUAUUUUCAAGUCACUUGUUUGUCAUCUUGCUGUACAGAGGCAUUUGGGUCAGAAUGUUAUUGAGAACUUCUACCAUUCUUUUAUUUUUAAAUCUACUGGUUAGAUUUAUUGUCCUGUAAAAUAUUCUUAAAGCUUAUUUUGUUUGUAAACGUGCACCUUUUAGUGCCAAUGUCCAGACAGUAUUGUAUACACUGGGAAGGUGAACAAAAUUCAUACAAUAGUAUAUUUUCUACGCUGUUAAUCUUACUAUAAAUAUUUUUUCUACAUAGAUUCUAUUUACAAAGUGACCAUUUUAGUGUUAAAAGGGUAACCUUUUUCAUUUGAAUGUACUGCAGGCUUUAUAUCUGUAAGUCACGUGACAGCAAAAGGAAUUUUGUGUGCCUAUGUAUUUUUUGUACUGGCUUUAAAUAAAUACUUUUUUCCUGAAA